GCUCCCCCUGCAAGCUUUGUGGCACGCACACACACACACACAUAGAGGCACACACACAUUCAUCCCCCCCCACCCUCCCCAAUUGGAGAAUAGGAACUGGCCACUGGGGCGGUUGCUGCUGCUGCUACUGCUGCUACUGCUGCUGCUGCUGCAGCGGCGGCUGCUGCGGCUGCCUGCGCCCGCUCCCGGGCGUCUAGCUCGCUCCGCUGGGUUGGGGCUGGCGCUGGCGCUGGGGCUGGGGCUGGGGCUGGUGACCUCACGCAGCAGCGUGUCUGAGCGGCCCGGCGGCGCCGCAGAUUGGCUGGCCGGGGCUCAGCGGUACUUCAAAGCCGCGGAGAGGGCUACAAUUGUGCUGGAAGGGGCGGACCAGAUCAUUGUAUUGCACACCUCUAAAAAAAACACUGCCUCUGAUUUAUCAAUAUAUAAAAGACCCUCUGAGAGGAGGAGGAGGAGGGCACUUUGGUGGGAUGGCAACUUCACUACUAGGGGAAGAACCUAGGUUGGGGUCCACGCCUCUAGCCAUGCUCGCUGCUACCUGUAACAAGAUCGGCAGUCCCAGCCCGUCUCCCUCCUCCCUCUCGGACAGCGCGUCCUCGUUCGGCAAAGGCUUCCACCCGUGGAAACGCACUUCCUCUUCCUCAUCGGGCAGCUGUAACGUGGUGGGCUCCAGUCUUUCGGGCUUUGGGGUGUCGGGGUCCUCCCGGACCGGGGGCUCGUCCUCAGCGGCGGCCGCAGCAGCGGCGGCGGCCGCGGCGGCCGCGGCUCUUGUGUCGGACUCCUUCAGCUGCGGUGGCUCGCCUGGGUCCAGCGCCUUCUCGCUCACCUCCAGCAGCGCGGCGGCCGCGGCCGCCGCAGCCGCCGCGGCCGCCUCAGGCUCUCCCUUCGCCAACGACUACUCAGUUUUCCAGGCCCCGGGAGUGUCGGGCGGCGGUGGUGGCGGCGGCGGUGGCGGCGGCGGUGGCGGUGGCGGCAGCAGCUCAGCAGCAGCGGCGGCAGCGGCGGCGGCGGCACACAGCCAGGACGGCUCGCACCAGCCAGUCUUCCUCUCCAAGGUGCACACGUCGGUAGACGGCCUGCAGGGAAUCUAUCCCCGCGUGGGGAUGGCUCACCCCUACGAGUCGUGGUUCAAGCCCUCGCACCCGGGCCUGGGCGCAGCGGGCGAUGUGGGCGCGGCGGGCGCUGCCUCCAGCUGGUGGGACGUGGGAGCCGGCUGGAUCGACGUGCAGAACCCCAACGGGGCAGCCGCGCUGCCCGGCUCGCUGCACCCGGCAGCGGGGGGGCUACAAGGUUCUCUUCACUCGCCUCUGGGCGGCUACAACUCGGACUACUCGGGCCUGGGCCACUCGGCUUUCAGCAGCGGCGCUUCGACGCACCUGCUUAGCCCAGCCGGGCAGCACCUGAUGGACGGCUUCAAGCCGGUGCUGCCGGGGUCUUACCCGGACUCGGCCCCGUCGCCGCUGGCCGGCGCCGGCGGCUCCAUGCUGGGCGGCGGCGGGCCGGCGGCGCCUCUGGGGGGCUCCCCGCGCUCCUCAGCCCGCCGCUACUCCGGCCGCGCCACCUGCGACUGCCCCAACUGCCAGGAGGCCGAGCGGCUGGGCCCGGCCGGUGCCAGCCUGCGGCGCAAGGGCCUGCACAGCUGCCACAUUCCAGGCUGCGGCAAGGUGUACGGCAAGACGUCGCACCUGAAGGCGCACCUGCGCUGGCACACGGGGGAGCGGCCCUUCGUGUGCAACUGGCUCUUCUGCGGCAAGAGGUUCACGCGCUCUGACGAGCUUCAGCGGCACCUGCGGACCCACACCGGGGAGAAGCGCUUCGCCUGCCCCGUCUGCAACAAGCGCUUCAUGCGCAGCGACCACCUCAGCAAGCACGUCAAGACCCACAGCGGCGGGGGCGGCAGCGGCGGCGGCGGCUCGGCAGGAUCGGGCAGUGGCGGCAAGAAGGGCAGCGACACCGACAGCGAGCACAGCGCGGCAGGCAGCCCACCGUGUCACUCUCCAGAGCUGCUCCAGCCCCCGGAGCCGGGCCACCGCAACGGGCUCGAGUGAACCAGGAUGCCCCUGGCCCUCGGCGGGCCCACUUAGGCCCCUGCAGCCUGCCUCUGGGGCCCAAUGGAUGGCCAGGUCAGGUCUUCUACUGCCCGACUUCCUGUGCCCCGAGGCGCGCGGGGGGGCGCGGGACGCUUUGGGGGUCUCCCUUUUCUCUCUGUGACACUUAACUUUGUAAAGGGGACAUGGACGUGUAAGUAACUUGGAUCGCUUUCUUGGACACUUUCUCUCCAGCCCCUUCUUUCUUUCCAUUCUUCUUUCCUUCUUUUUCUAUCUUUCACUCUUUCUCUGAGGAGUUAAAAUCUGCCACCUCAUCCCCGUGCAUCCCCGCUAGGGUUUGAGUUGUCUUCAAUCACCCAGCUGUUACUUCCAAUCCGGGAGAGGGUGUGUGGUGUGGUGUGGUGUGGUGUGUGUGUGUGUGUGUGUGUGUGUGUGUGUGUGUGUGUGUGUGUGUGUGUGUUUGUGUGUGGACAGUUAGGGGGCCACUUGCCUACUCCUGGGUCCUUGGGGUGACUCAGUCGGGCACAUUCGAGGAGAUGCCGAGGAGGGCCUCUCAGGGCAGAGGACAGGUGUGGAGCUGGGUGGCCUUCCAUGAGGUGCUGCCUCCGCCUUUGGGCCGCCUCUGGCUUGGAAGUCUGCCCCUGAGCGGGGUUCCUAGUCUUCUAGCUCUGGCAGCCAUUGAAGCGCCCUCUGCGUUCUGCAGCAGGGAAAGUGGCCCAGUUGACAGUUACAAUUCACUGCACCAGAAACUUUCCUGGGUUCCCUCCUCUCCCCUCCCUUCCCCCGGGUGAAACUUCCUACCGUUGGAGCUAUGGGCCCCCCUGGGCUCCCGGUCCCGCAGCUUCCUUUAACCCGCACCCACACGCAGAAACUUAGCGUUAUAUAUACAUAUAUAAUAUAUAUAUACACACACACAUCUCAUAUAUAGUAUAUAUGUGUAUACACAUGGAUAGUUUUCAAACAAAAAAAUCCUCUUUAUUUCGCUCAACUUCAGUUGCAAACCUUAGUUUUCCCAACAGCCGCGAGCAAAGCAAGCCUUUCUCUGGAAACGUGCUGUUAAUAUUGAUCCCAAAGUGAUUUUGAUCUCCUGAACUUAACUUCUGGGGUGAGGGUGGGAGUGGGGGUUAGGGUAAGCGUCUUUUUCUUAUGCAAAAAUGGCCUUCUUUCCGGUGAGACCAGAUUAAGUAUCUGUAUUUGUCCUUUUUCUACCUCGCUCUCCAGCACUCCCCAGAGUAAUCCCCAGGCUUUUUGUUCUCCCGGCCGCCCAUUUGUGGAGUUCUUGUUUCUAUAUCUCCAUGCAAUCCGGUUGAAAAUACUUAGGAUUCAAUUUAUUUUAUUUUCUUUGUGAUUUAAACUUUUAAACAAGUGAAGAUGCUUUGGUUAGCUUGCAGAUGAGGCUUUAGUCCGAAUGCCAAAAGGGAGGGGGAGGGGGGAAUAGGACAAAAAAAAAUCUUUGUAAAAUAUAUCUAAACCUAAUGGUUUGUUCAACUGGAGAAUCGUUCUAGAUUAGUUAGCAAUUAAAUAUAACUCCACCAGUGUGCAGGUGUGAGCCGCAGUUGUCCAGAAGACGAUUUUGUAUAGUAUUUUUCUUGUAUAUACUUGCAGUAAAUAUUUGAAAAUAUAUUGAAGUCAACUUGAGAUUUUUUUUUUUUUGUCACAAGAAAAAAAAAUAUUCAGAGUUAUUGUUGCAGUCCUAGUGAACUGCGUUUCUGGGGACUUGCUCUGGAAGUGGCCGUGCAGGGACCCUUUCAGGACCUAGUUUUGCUCGGAUAUUAAUUUAGAUAGGUAUCAAACUGUAACUAAGACGCUAUUUGAUAAAUGUUGGAUUACAUUUAAUUUAAUGAAGCAUGUACUUAUAUUUGCAUUGGCAGUUCAGGCAUAGUUAAAGUGGACGUUCUCCUAUAUUUCAUAACAAGUGGGUUUGCCCCCAAACCCAUGUAUUAAAUAAAUGUGUCCAAGUGAAACCGAACGAACUUUGGCCUAUGUGUAUUUCCUGCAGGUUAUCUUUGUUAACUGUUAAUCCACCCUCCUGCCCUACACUCCAAAGGUUUGCGGGUUCUGCAAACUAGUUGCUCAUUGUAAUGUUGAAAUCAUUUGGAUAUUUCACAUUGAAAUGGAAAGUUUUUCGCUGGGACAUUUUAGACUUGCAUUUUAAAUGCAUGAGAUGUAAUUGAUUUAUUUGUAAUAUUUUAAAUGGUAUUAAUAAACUCAGAGAAAAGAUGACUGUUA